CUACGGGGGCGGUGGCUGCGGCUUUGGCGGCGGCGGCGACGGCAGCGGCGACGGCGGCGGCGGCGACGGCUACGGCGGCGACGGCUGCGGCGCCGGCAGCGGCAGUGGCGGCAGCGGGAGUGUCAGCGUUGGUAGCAACGGCGGUGGGGACAGAGGCGGGGGCAGCUUCGGCUGCGGAAGCGGCGGUGAUGGCGGCGGCGGCGGGGCCCCCG